CUUUCUCUUGUAUCGAAAAACAGUGACAUUGUUUCUCUUUCCUUCUUCCAAUCUCUUCUAUCAUUCUCUCAUUACGUUUAUAUACAUACAUAUUUCUGCCCAUAGAAUCCUUAUCUUCAACAAUACAUACAUACAGAGCAAGAGAGCAGGAGCUGGAGUAUUAGAAGGAGAAGAGGUAUCUCUCUGGUGGUGAUCAAUAUACAGUAGCAAGAAUGGCUACCCCGCCUAGUAGCCGCUUGCAGACUAUGUUACAGGCUGCAGUGCAAUCGGUUCAAUGGACAUACAGUCUCUUUUGGCAAAUGUGUCCACAACAAGGGACCUUAGUGUGGGGAGAUGGGUAUUACAAUGGGCCAAUCAAGACUAGAAAAACAGUGCAACCAAUGGAGGUUACGACUGAAGAAGCCUCCUUGCAAAGGAGUCAGCAGCUUAGAGAGCUCUAUGAUUCAUUAUCAAUAGGAGAGACCAACCAGCCAGCACGUCGACCUUGCGCCGCCUUGUCACCGGAGGACUUGACGGAGACUGAGUGGUUCUAUCUGAUGUGUGUUUCCUUCUCUUUCCCUCCUGGUGUUGGGUUACCAGGAAAGGCCUACGCAAGGAGACGACACGUAUGGCUUACUGGUGCCAACGAGAUUGAUAGCAAAACUUUCUCCAGAGCAAUCCUUGCCAAGAGUGCUCGUGUACAGACUGUGGUGUGCAUCCCUCUUCUCGAUGGUGUUGUUGAAUUUGGCACAACAGACAAGGUUCAAGAGGAUCUUGGGCUUAUCCAACACGUAAAAACCUUCUUUAGUGACCACCACCACCGCCACCUUACUCCCCCAAAACCAGCUUUAUCCGAGCACUCCACUUCCAGCCCUGCCACCUCCUCUCAUGACCACCCUCGUUUCCAUCCUCCACCCAUUCCUCCCUUCUAUGUGGCUGCAGAGCCAUCAGCCAAUGCCGAACAAAUUGAUGAGGAUGACGAAGAAGAUGAGGAGGAGGAGGAACAUGAUUCAGACUCAGAAGCCGAAACCAGUCGCGAUGAUCACUUAGAACCGAGACAAGCUCAAAACCCUCAUCAAGUUGCAGCAGCUGAGCCGAGCGAGUUGAUGCAACUUGAGAUGUCUGAGGAUAUCAGGCUUGGUUCUCCUGAUGAUGGGUCUAAUAACUUGGACUCGGAUUUUCCUUUGACUGGUCCAGACAACUCGAUGGAUCACCGGAGCCGAGCUGACUCGUAUAAAGCGGAGUCCGCUCGGAGGUGGACAAUGUUGCAAGACAACCCUUUCAGUGGCAACCUUCAGCCAUCAGCUUCAGGACCACCUCCACUAGAAGACUUGGCGCAAGAGGACACGCACUACUCCCAAACCAUAUCGACCAUCCUCCGAAGCCAACCGGUAUGGCUGGCAGCAGAGCCAUCGUCCAUUGCAUACGAGGCACGCUACCACCAAUCAGCCUUUUCCAGGUGGACAAACCGCUCCGAUCACCUCUUCCACGUGUCAGUUGAGACCACCUCUCAGUGGCUCCUGAAAUACAUUCUCUUUAGCGUACCACACCUCCACAGCAAAAACCGCGAGGACAAUUCCCCAAAGUCACGUGAUGGUGAAGCAGCCAGUCGGUUCCGCAAGGGGACCCCACAGGAUGAGCUCAGUGCCAAUCACGUGCUAGCAGAACGACGCCGGAGAGAGAAGUUAAACGAGAGGUUUAUAAUGCUAAGGUCGCUAGUGCCCUUCGUGACCAAAAUGGACAAAGCAUCAAUAUUAGGGGACACAAUUGAAUACGUGAAGCAACUCCGUCAAAAAAUCCAGGAUUUGGAGACGCGUAAUAAACAGAUGGAGAGUGAGCAACGCCCAAGAUCGGUGGACCGUCCACAGAGGACUUCUACUUCCGAUAGUUUGAAAAAGCAAAAGAGUGGGGUCACAGUGGUGGAUCGGGCGAGGAGUCUUGGGCCUGUGCCAGAUAAGAGGAAGAUGAGGGUCGUAGAGGAUAGUGCUGGUGGUGGUGCCAAGCCCAAAACGGUGGGUGCCUUGCCACAGCCAGAGCCGGUGGUCCAUAAGGAGCUGGAGACCAGCGUAGAGGUGUCGAUAAUAGAGAGUGACGCAUUGUUAGAGUUGGAAUGUGGUUUUAGAGAGGGGCUUUUAUUAGACAUAAUGCAAAUGCUAAGGGAGCUCAGGAUAGAAACUAUUGCGGUUCAGUCUUCUUUGAACAAUGGGAUCUUUGCAGGGGAAUUGAGGGCCAAGGUGAAGGAGAAUGUUAAUGGAAAGAAGGUGAGCAUUGUGGAGGUGAAGAGAGCAAUACAUAAAAUAAUACCCCAUGAUUGAGCAGAGAGACUCUUACUAUAUAAAUCAAGGGAAAACCCAACGAACUGACUUUUUUCUUUCUGAUAAAUUCUGCUAAUUAGCUGUGCAUAGCUUAGUAUAUUGUUCUGACCCUCGUUAUGGUCAAAUGGUUAUCCCUGAAAUGUAAUAUAAGUAAACAAAGCUUGUAUGAUAUUCAGCAGAUUACGAGAAAAGCCGACAUUAAAUUGGCUUUCUAUAGUGUAAA